AUGGACCACCUGGUUGCGUUCCAAGCGGUGGGGCGGUUCAUUGGACGAGCGCUAGUGGACGGGCAGAAGCUGCCACUGCAGUUGAAGGAGGGGGAGGGUUGUGCGAAGAAAAUGGGUGAAGCGAUGCUGGGUGUGUCGCUGUCGUUAGACGAUGUUGAACAUCUAGACCCGGUCGUUUUAUUGUAUGUGUUAACUACGCCAGACAACGUGGCCGACCUGGCGCUCACGUUUUCAGCAACGGAAUGCGUGUCGGAUGGACAUGUGACGGAAGUGGAUUUAAUCGAUCACGGACGACACGUUGCCGUCACUAACGACAACAAACACGACUAUGUGCAGCGCAUGGUUCGGUAUUUGCUGUUUGAUCGCGUGGAAACCCAGUUGCAAGCCGUGUUGCUGGGCUUGCACGAGAUCGUACCGCCGGAAUUGCUGCUUGUGUUUGACCACAAAGAGUUUGGGUUACACUUGUGUGGCCUCACGGACAUUGACAUGGGCGAUUGGAAAACCAGCACCCUGACGUCGAGUAACUUGAAAGGUCACGACGUGCUCGAGGUACGUGAUGUGGUCGAAAGCUUGACGCGACCAGACCAAGCCAAGCUGUUACAGUUUUCAACGGGGUCGUCUCAGGAUCCUAUUCAAGGGUUCAAAGGGCUAACCAGCUACGACGGCAAAAUCUGCUACUUUACGCUCAAAGGCACCGAGUACACCCCGGGACGGUACCCAGUGAUCCACGCGUGCUACAACCGCAUCGACCUGCCGCUUUACCCGACAAUGGACCUUCUCAAAGAAGCGCUGACGAUGGUGUUGAUGAUGUCAGACCCGACGGGUUUCACCAUGGAAUAG